AUGGCUUCAAAUGAUGAUAAGUUGGGUUGUAAAGGAAAGUCCUCAGAUGAUGGCAUUAUUUAUGUCAAAUUUUCAAUCAAAGGCUUGGAUGGAAGAGAGUUGUUUUUCAAAGUGAACCAAGAAAAGCUUUUGGUAAGAGCAUUUAGGAAAUACUGUGAAGAGAUGGAGUUGGAAUAUCAUAGCAUGCAUUUUAUGCUGGAUGAUGGUCAGAGGAUUAGAGGGGAACGUCAAACACCAAAAAUGUUGAAUAUUGAAAAUGGUGCGGAGAUUGUUGCUGCGAAACUUCAAACAGGAGGUGGCACUUUAACUCUGUAA